ACACCACGGCCUGGAACGAAAGAUCUAUAUUUUCCUAGUCAGUACGCACAGCCUUUCCUCAUUCAGUGCAUUGCUUGCCUAUAUAAACAACAAUGGUCAUAUUGGCGAAAUACACCUUACACUGCAGUGAGAUUAUCGUACACAAUCAUCAUAUCUUUGAUGUUUGGUACUAUGUUCUGGGAUCUUGGCUCAAAGAGGAGUACGGUACAAGAUCUGUUCAGUGCAAUGGGUUCUAUGUAUGCAUCAGUCCUAUUCCUAGGGAUCAACAAUGCGACUACUGUGCAGCCAGUGAUUUCAAUUGAGCGAACUGUCUUUUAUAGAGAAAGAGCCGCUGGAAUGUAUUCAGCUUUGCCAUAUGCCUUAGCACAGGUUGCAAUUGAACUUCCAUACAUAUUCGUGCAAGCUGAAAUGUACGGUAUUAUUGGCUAUGCAAUGAUCGGAUUUGAAUGGACUGCUGCAAAGUUCUUCUGGUACUCAUUUUUCAUGUAUUUCACACUAUUAUACUUCACCUUUUACGGCAUGAUGACAGUGGCCAUGUCACCUAAUCAACAUGUCGGUAGCAUAAUCUCUUUAGCCUUCUUCGGGAUAUGGAACAUCUUUUCAGGAUUCAUCGUUCCUCAGACUGUAAGUUCUUAAAGAACCAUUUUUCUAAAACGUAUUUACAGUGUAUGCAUGCAUAGAUAUGGGAAAAUUGCAUCGUAGAUCUCGAACUUAUCGUUUGAGUUGCAACUUGCAUGUUGAUACCAAACCUUUCAAUAUAGUUGCACAACUAGUCACCAACGAUGCAUAUCAUCCAAAACUCUAAACUCUAUUAAAUCAU